CCGAGAGUCAACAUUGUUGGAAGAUAAACGCUCGGUCCUCCUAUUUAAAACCUCAUUUUGCAAAAUGAGAGCGGGCUAUUAGUUCGUUUCUUCAGUGAAAGCAACUGCUAACAUCGUAAAAUUCAAUCAACCAACAAACCGACAAUUUUUCGAUAAUAGCGUUGCAUUCAUUUGGUUUUUCUUUCCGAGUUGUGUUUGAUAAUUUCCACGGCAAUCAGUCGAUAAAAAAAUGUAGGUUGGUUCCAUUCCAUCCAAACAGUGAAUUUCCAUACGAGUUGUUCAAGCAACGGUUCUUAGGAUGUGCGGAAAAAUGUGUUGGCCCUUUUCAAAAAAAGAGAUUAAGGACGACACUUCGACGAUAAACUGGGUCGCGGCCAGCGAAGCCAGCAGCUUAUCUUAUGAGGAAGUCGCUCAAAGAUUGGACGUGGACGUAGAGAAAGGACUAACCUGGCAGGAUGCGACCAAAAGAAGACAAUUAUCUGGCUACAACGAGUUUUCGGUAACAGUCGAAGAUCCUCCAUGGAAGAAAUACUUGGAACAGUUCAAAAAUCCCCUAAUUCUGCUGUUGCUGGCUUCGGCCGUUGUGUCCGGCGCCAUGCAACAGUUGGACGAUGCCAUCAGCAUCACCUGUGCAAUCAUCAUUGUGGUAACGGUGGCUUUUGUGCAGGAGUAUCGGUCGGAGAAGAGUCUUCAGGAGUUAACAAAAUUAGUGCCGCCAGCUUGCCAUUGUAUUCGUGAAGGAACACCCGACACUUUUCUUGCCCGGGAAUUAGUUCCUGGAGACAUCGUUUUGUUGAAUGUGGGCGAUCGAGUUCCAGCCGACCUGCGGCUGUUUAACACCACGGAUUUACUCAUUGAUGAAAGUAGCUUUACAGGCGAAACUGAACCAUCUAGGAAAAACACCGACUUAGUAUUGAGGCCGAAUGGAGCUCACGCGUCCAACACCAACAUUGCGUUUAUGGGCACAUUGGUUCGAGCAGGAAAUGGCAGGGGUAUUGUGGUGAGCACAGGGACCAACAGCGAAUUCGGCUCAGUGUUCAAGAUGAUGCAAGAAGAAAAAGCACCCAAAACGCCUCUGCAGAAAUCUAUGGACGCACUUGGAACCCAAUUAUCGCUGUACUCUUUUGCCAUAAUUGCUGUUAUUUUAUUAAUUGGUUGGUGGCAAGGGAAAGUCCUACUGGAAAUGUUCCAGAUUGGUGUUAGUUUGGCAGUUGCAGCUAUACCCGAAGGUUUGCCCAUCGUGGUGACGGUAACUUUGGCAUUAGGAGUAAUGCGAAUGGCCAAACGAAAGGCUAUAGUGAAGAAAUUACCCACAGUAGAAACACUCGGUUGUGUAAACGUGAUAUGCAGUGAUAAGACAGGAACGAUUACUCGAAAUGAAAUGACUGCAACUGUGCUAGUAACUUCGGAUGGAUAUAUUGCUGAGCUUUCAGGGGCUGGCUACAAUGAUCACGGCCAGGUUCUAUUGCACAAGUGCGAUUAUCCUGAAAAAGCUAGAGACAGUGUAGCUAAGUUGCUAGAGGUCGGUGCCGUGGCAAAUAACGCAUUAAUAUCCGAUGAAAAUCUGAUGGGACAACCGACUGAAGGAGCCCUAUUGGCGGCAGCAAUGAAACACGGCUUGUAUAACGUAGCCGACAGAUAUGUGAGAUUGCAAGAAUAUCCUUUCUCGUCAGAACAAAAAAUGAUGGCCGUAAAGUGCGUUUCAAAAUACGAAGCGAACAAAGGCGAAAUAUUUUUCGCUAAAGGCGCUCUUGAAAAAAUCUUGCCCAACUGUAACGGAUAUUGCGUAAAUGGCGCUGUUCAACCCCUAACACCCGAAAAGAACGCCGAAUUCACUGCUGAAUGUACGGAAAUUGGCAAGAAGGGACUAAGAGUAAUCGCUUUAGCAAAAGGUGACAGUCUAACGAAUCUAACUUAUAUGGGCAUUGUUGGCAUUUGCGAUCCACCUCGACCAAUGGUACGCGAAGCAAUCAACAUACUAACUGAGUCUGGAGUCCAAGUCAAAAUGGUAACUGGAGAUGCUGCUGAAACAGCCGUUGCCAUAGCUCAAUCUAUUGGUCUUCAGACUCAGCCAUCCAAUGUGCUGAGUGGAGAACAGUUGGACUCAUUUUCGGAAACCGAAUUAGAUGCAGCGGUUCCGCACGCCACUGUUUUCUACAGGGUGUCGCCCAAAAACAAACUGUCUAUUGUGAAGUCGCUCCAAAGGUCUGGAUAUAUUGUUGGAAUGACUGGCGAUGGAGUGAACGAUGGUGUCGCACUAAAAAAGGCCGACAUUGGAAUUGCUAUGGGCAAAAAUGGGACAGACGUAUGCAAAGAAGCUGCUGAUAUGAUUUUAGUGGACGAUGACUUCUACACAAUUAUAGCCGCAAUUGAAGAAGGCAAAAGCAUAUUCCACAAUAUUCGCAACUUUGUCGGAUUCCAACUAUCGACUUCAAUAGCGGCUUUAGCGCUUGUUGCCUUGGCCACUAUUAUGGACAUCCCCAAUCCGCUAAAUGCUAUGCAAAUUUUAUGGAUUAAUAUUUUGAUGGAUGGGCCGCCGGCCCAAAGUUUAGGAGUGGAGCCAGUGAGUGAUGAUGUAGUGAAGCAAAAAUCCCGGGACACAAAGGAACCAAUGAUAACUAAAAAACUUAUACUCAACGUGCUUCUAUCGGCGACUUUUAUUGUAGCCGGCACUCUAUGGGUGUUUAAUAAAGAGAUGACAGCGGAUGGAGUAACGGCGCGCGAUACUACAAUGACCUUUACAUGUUUCGUGUUUUUCGACAUGUGGAACGCCCUUUCAUACCGGUCGCAAACAAAAAGUGUUUUCCAAAUUGGCCUCUUUUCAAACACUUUUUUCUUGGUAGCGGUUGGAGCUUGUGUUUUAGGACAACUUUUGGUGGUUUACGUGCCUCCGCUUCAAGGAGUGUUUCAGACUGAAGCUCUUACAGCGUUAGAUAUGGCAUUCUUAGUGGGUUUAUCAUCAUCAGUAUGGGUGUUUUCGGAAUUCAAAAAACUGUUUGAACGACUGCUGGACAAAAAAUGCCGGGGUAAAAAGACACCGCUCGAAUAUGUAUGACAGCGCCGCCACAAACCGAAAACACGAUCUAAAACAAAAUAUUACUGCUAAGAAUGGUUCCUCUGGCUCAGUGUGCAAGAAUCCGACGUCGUUACCAAGAUAAGCGGGAAACUCGAAUGUUAUGAAAUACUUUGUACAGCAUUUUUUGCAACAUGAAACACUUGACUCAUUUCAGUUUUUUUUAUGUUUCUGUUAGAGUAGAAUUUAGCAUGUCUUGACAUAUUUGAACAAAGAAGUGCAACUAGUUUGCGUGCUGUAUAGCUUGUCCUCCGUAAUGUGGAUGCUGGCAGGCUACAUUGUUGUAUACAUUAGAUUUAAUAAUUCAAUAACACUCACAGUACCGUAUUAACACUGACAUAUCUUGUAUGGUUAAAUAACCAAUGAAUCUAGUCGAUGUUUUCGUACAGUUGCUUACCCUAACUCACGCUAAAUAUUUAUACUGUCCAAAUCUUUCUAUUUCAAUUCCAACUUUAAAUUUAAUCUUUUUACUAGCAAUAGAAUCUUUAACUGCUUCUCAAUUUCCCUAUUUCUUUUUGGAAAAUUGCAACAAUUUCCCAAUAGACCUUUGGCUUAAAAAGUCUUCAUUUACGUAUAGAAUUCUGCUGCUCAUUUGACUAACAUGAUUUGACGAUAGAUUUUCAAGCGGUGCAUAAAUUUAAUGAGAAUCUUCAAGGAAAACAUCCUCUUAGAGUGAAAAAUUAUGUAAUUUUUAUGAGAAUUAUCGAAUUACCGCCUAUUAACAUAUUUUUUGCUCCAUAACAUUAAUAUGGAUGAACGAUUUCUUAUCAUACUGAAGUACAUACAUACAUACGUACUUUCGAACAAUCUUGAAACAUAAAAAAUAGUUUACACUUUUAGACUCGGUAACCACACCACAAAGGUUUAUUUGCAAAUAUAAGGCGCAAGAAGCGUUUUAAAUUCCAACAAAAAUGUAAAUGUUGCAGUGAUAUUUAAUUUAUAUUGCAAAAACCAGUGUUGUCUUCAAAAAGGCAUUUCAAAAAAAAUAUACGAUUUUAUGUGAAUCUGUGAAUUAGAUAUACUGACUAUUCAUUAUUCAUCUAACAAUCAUCAUUCAAUUAACAUUAAAAAUGCAUUUAUUCAAUUUUAUAAUUGAUGUGAAAAGUCUACUUGCAAAAGAUUAUAGCCUCUUGUUUCAUAUUUCUUUAAAAUGGGUUAGAUUUUUUGCUGUUUCAUAUUUUGCCUGAUUUAGACAAACUUAGUGAGUUUAAUCAGCAAAACGGUGAAUCCAUUUUAGAUAAGCCAACUCUCUCUUGAAAUGAGAAACUUUUACUUAUUUCUAAAUCAGUAUUCUUCAGUAGGUUUUUAUAAUGCGACACAGUACCGAUUAAUAAUAUUAAUAUUUAUAUCAUCUACAUCGCAUCGAGGGUGCAAAAAGGGUAAAAUCUAAUACUCAGCAAACUUAGUAAACCACAAGCUUACAAUUUUUGCAUCCGUGUAUAUUUUUGCACACUUUAAGCGAUAUUUAUGGUAGUUGUAGGUAGCUAGCUAAAUAGGAUUAUUUUUUGUACAUGUUUAUAUGUAGAUUUGCGUUCUUUUACGUGAAAAUAUUUUUAAGUAUCUUAUAUAUUUUUCUAUGUAAGUCGUUGUUGAUUUUGUUAGUACUUAUUUAAGUCAUGUUAAUGAGACGCAUUAUACCGCCGGAUCACAAAUUAUCUUGUUAUUACAUUGAAUUUUUAGAGGCUUGGACUACUCGUAAUCACCGCUGAGUCAGUUUGAAUCUCUCGGCAAACAAUUGCUAAUAAUCUGCACAGCAUGAUUGAAUAUAUUUAAACUUUCGAAGGUUAACUGAAAUUUUAACUACGUCUAAUCAAAACUUCAACUAAAUACAGGGUUUAUUAUCUAUUUAGUAUUCAAAUGAAGGUUGUAAAGACAUCUUACCAGUUGAAUUAAUUCUGUUGUAUCGUCACUAGUCACGCCAAAUGAUUAGGUGCUAUCAUGCACAUUUGCAUAUUUUCCAACUUUCAUAAUAUUGUUUGAAUAGCAAUAUUGAAUAUCCUCAAGAGAUACAUUCUUUUUUUCUAACUGAAAGUCUUUGACUCGGAAAAUUGAAAUAUUAUUAUUGAAAUUAUUGGAAUAAAAUGUUUUAAUUGCGUCGAGCCCCCUAGCAAUUCUACGUGUAGGUCUAAUGCUCAGUUAAAUUAUUUAAACAUUAGGACAUAAGUAUCAUCUAAUCAUUAAACACUCAUGGCUGUAAAAUUAAUUGUAGGUAUUUAAGUUUUAUAUUUGUAGAAUUCUUUGUAUAUUAUCAACUUUUGCCAUUAUUUACACUAUAAAGAUUUUAUUUGAAUUUAGGAGUCUACUGUCAUUUUCCUCAUGUUUAUACAGAAUGAAAUUAGAACAAGCCAUAAAUGAACUGUGAUUUAACUCUUUAAAUCACAAAUCAUUUAUAGUUUAACAAUUUAAAUCGACCUUUGAUGGGUUUUUACAAGGCUUAAACACGAUUACAAUGUAGUUUUUCUAUGCAACAAUAGCUUUAACACAACAAUAACACAAAUGUUACUCAGUUGUCUAUACUCCAUUUAUAUAUUUCGUUUCAACCCUAAAUUAAAUAAAUACAUACAUUUCA